AUGGUGCGAAAGCUCAAGCAUCAUGAGCAGAAGCUCUUGAAGAAGGUCGACUUCAACACCUACAAGAGCGACAAUGAUCACCGAGAAGCAGCAGUCAUGCGCCGCUACGCAAUCCAAGGACGCGACGAUUACCGCAAGUACAACCAGCUCGCGGGCUCAUUGCGACAGCUUGCCCACCGUGUGGCCGCGCUCGAUCCGUCUGAUCCCUUCCGUCAGAAGCAGGAGGAUUUGAUACUGGAGAAGUGCUUCUCCAUGGGUCUACUUGGUACGGGUGGUGGCGGCCGUGGAAAGUUGAGCGAUGUCGAACACAAGCUCACAGUCAGUGCCUUUGCACGGAGGAGAUUGCCCGUUGUCAUGACCCGACUUCGCAUGGCAGACCAUGUGCAAUCUGCUGUCACCCUCGUCGAACAAGGACAUGUGAGAGUCGGAACUGAUGUCGUUACAGACCCAGCCUACCUCGUCACAAGAAACAUGGAAGACUUUGUCACCUGGGUCGACUCUUCCAAGAUCAAGCGCAACAUUAUGAAGUACCGCGAUAAGCUGGACGAUUUCGAACUCGAGGCUCUAUAA